AUGGUCUGGAGCAGCGCUCGAGUGGAGCGCAGAGUUGCUGGUAUGGAGGAUGUGGACCGUUCGCUCACUCUGUUGCAUCUGCGCAAAACGUUCAGCGAAUACUGCAAGAUCCCGCUGGGUGGAGUGAAGGAGUGCGAUCGAAAAUUUGACCGAAUUAUCCCACUCUUCGCAAAGGUUAUGGUGAUGUAUCCGUCGCCGGGAGAAAUCGUCGACAAGUUCAAGGAGCUGGGACCAUUCACAAGCCAUCUUUGUCGCCAUCUUGUGCAGGAGAUGCGUUUGCGGGCUGCAAAUGAAAGCACCUCGCUGGCCGCUUCCGCUAUUUCGACUUUUCUGCUCCCGGAUAGCACAGAUUGUCGCGGAUGGACAUUGUUGAACGCAAUCUGUUACCUGAGCUUAACGGAGCAACAGCAAGUCAUUGAAGUAAUGUGUAAAGCAGCGUUGCCAUCGACUUUAGUAAAGGCAUUGUAUUUAUUUUUUGAUUUGCCACCUCCAGCCGAUGAGAAUGUAUUGAAGAAGCUUUGUGAACACAAAUGUGUUGGCGAAGAGCUCAUUCGCAAGGACGAUUUGUUCCUUCUGUUUGCUGGGGCCUCGUGCGCCUGUCCUUCUGAGAAUGGGGAGUGGAGGAAAGUCGCGUCCCAGCUUCUCAUCACGCUUAUUUCAAAGUGCCUCACAUCCUCGAUAACAAAAUAUAUUCACGCCAAGAAUUGUAUUUCGCUAUUCUUGUCGAAUAUCGAGAAAGAGGAGGAGUGCUUGUCGGACCACGACCGCAUCGACAUGUUCAUUUGCUUGUUGUGUGUCCUCAAGGACUCGGCUCUUACUGUGAACGUUUUGCUGCAAGAUUUUGCUCGUGCCAACGGUUAUAUUGCAUUACGGGAUUUCAUCCUCAGACAUUCAAUGAAUGAGGAGGAAGACGAAGGCAUAAAAAAUAUUUUGCUAUUAAUUAUGAGCAUGGCGACGUCCGGAGUUGUCGAGCUGCGACCCAAUCAUACGCCAGGCCUCAUCGUCCUCCCCACUUUCACCCUUCCCACUCCUUCAAACAAUGGUCUCACGUUGCGUAAUAUCGAUGCAUUUCGUCUUCUUUUCCAUAUUUUUGUACAGGCGGUGGUUGAUGCUGUUCAUAAUAUAUACGCCUCAGAUGCGGUCAACUAUUUUAUUGCUGAUAAGGAUUGUGCGUUGUCGCAAAUGAUUGAGCAUAUAGGGCAGAAGCCGCCCCGAAUACAACGAAAAGUGAUGGAACUUGUUGAAUAUGUUGUGCUACAUUUGAAUCAUGUCCCGUGUAAGGAACUUAUCGCGCUUAGUGUUUUAUUAAGAACGGAGACAACCGAUAAUAAUCUGGAGAUAUUGUCUGCAAAUGCACUCUUGAAAGAUGCAUUUCGAGAAGUAGGUCUUGUAGAGUCGUUCACUUGGGCGGUAUUACACUUCUUAUCGAUCAUCAAAAGUACCAUUUUUUAG